UGAGCAGCCUCCCAGCAGGCAGAAGCCCUUCAGGUGCUUGGAGUGUGGGAAGAGCUUCAGAAAUAGCUCCAACCUGCUCCGACACCAGCAGAUCCACACUGGGGAACGGCCCUACCCAUGUAGGGAAUGUGGGAAGAGCUUCAGGGACAGCUCCAACCUGAUCCGACACCAGCACAUUCACAGUGGGGAACGACCCUACACGUGUGGGGAAUGUGGGAAGAGCUUCAACCAGAGCUCCAACCUGUUUAAACACAGUCGCAUUCACACCAGGGGAUGGCCCUACACGUGUGGGGAAUGUGGGAAGAGCUUCAAGCACAGCUCCAACCUGACCCAACACCAGCAUAUCCACACUGGGAAACAGCCCUACACUUGUGGGGAAUGUGGGAAGAGCUUCAGGCGGAGCUCCAGCCUCCACACCCACCAGCGCCUCCACACUGGGGAACGGCCCUACACGUGUUGGGAGUGCGGGAAGAGCUUCAGUGACAGCUCCAACCUCCACACCCACCAUCUCAUCCACACUGGUGAACGGCUCUACAUUUGUGGGGAAUGUGGGAAGAGCUUCAGGCGGAGCUCCAGCCUCCGCAUCCACCAGCGCCUCCACACUGGGGAAUGGCCCUACAAGUGCUUGGAAUGU